UUCCCGGCUCCCCUCGGCGCCCUUCGGCCCUUCCCGGCUCCCCUCGGCUCUCUUCGGCCCUUCCCGGCUCCCCUCGGCGCCCUUCGGCCCUUCCCGGCUCCCCUCGGCCCGGCCCAGCCCGGGCGAUGGCGGCGGGCCGCCGAUCGCCGCCCGGUGGCUGCUGCCCGUCGCGGGUGGCGGUGCCCAGCGUGCACCAGAGCCUGCCCGAGAUGGACUUCGAGCGGGGGAUCUGGUCGGCGGCGCGGGACGGGGACGAGCGGCGGGUGCGGGAGCUGCUGGAGCGGCGGGGGGAGCCCAGCCAGCCCGACCUGGCGGGGUACACGGCGCUGCACUACGCCAGCCGCAACGGGCACCUGGGGGUCUGCCAGCUGCUGCUGCAGCACGGUGCCCGCUGCAACGCCCGCACGCCCGGCGGUGCCACCCCCCUGCACCGCGCCAGCUACUGCGGCCACCUGGCCAUCGCCCGGCUGCUGCUGAACCACGGCGCCGAUGCCACCGCCGCCGACGAGGACGGCCGCACCAGCCUGCACAAGGCGGCUGAACAAGGACACCGGGAGCUCUGCGCCCUGCUGCUACAGCACAGCCCGGCGCUGGCCGGCAUCCGCGAUGCCAAGGGCCGGCGGCCCCACGACGUGGCCCACCCGGCGGUGGAGGACCUGCUGGCUACCUGAGGGGGACACGGUGGGGCCGGGAGAGCUGGAGCCACUGUGCCAUGGGACACGUCUGAUGGAUAAACCAAGCCCCUGGUACCAAA